GCGGACGCUUCCGGUGCCGGGGUUGUGGUCCGGAGUGGAGGAGGCAGGCUGUGGGAUGGAUGCCCCAGGACUGUUGCCUAGCGCCGGCUGCCCGCGGGAAGGCAGCCGGUGAGUGCACCGGGGCCACCUGCUGCCUUCGGUGGAGGGGGCUUGCGGGAUUUACUUUUUGGAAGAAGUUUGCGCCAAAGAUGUUGAAACGGAAGCAGAGCUCGAGAGUGGAAGCUCAGCCUGUUACGGACUUCGGUCCGGAUGAGAUGCUGACGGACAAUGCCGACAUCCUGUGGAUUAAUAAGCCUUGGGUCCACUCUCUGCUGAGAGUUUGUGCCAUCAUCAGCGUGAUUUCCGUCUGCAUGAACACACCCAAGACCUUCGAGCACUACCCACCGCUGCAGUAUGUAACGUUCACCCUCGACACCCUGCUCAUGUUUUUGUAUUCUUCAGAGAUGAUUGCAAAGAUGCAUAUUCGCGGCAUAGUCAAGGGUGAUAACUCGUAUGUGAAAGAUCGCUGGUGUGUGUUUGAUGGUUUCAUGGUCUUCUGCCUCUGGGUGUCCCUGGUUUUGCAGGUCUUUGAAAUCGCUCAGAUUGUCGAUCAGAUGUCCCCACUUAGCAUGCUGCGGAUCCCGAGACCGCUCAUCAUGAUUCGAGCGUUUCGAAUCUACUUCCGAUUCGAACUUCCCCGCACUAGGAUUACAAAUAUUUUGAAGCGAUCAGGAGAGCAAAUCUGGAGCGUCUCCAUCUUUCUCCUCUUCUUCCUACUCUUGUAUGGAAUUUUGGGUGUCCAGAUGUUCGGCACCUUCACCUACCACUGUGUGACCAAUGACACUCAACCAGGGAACGUUACCUGGAAUAACUUGGCCAUCCCAGACACCCACUGCUCACCAGAUGGAGAGGGGUACCAGUGUCCACUGGGCUUUAAAUGUAUGGACCUGGAAGAACUCGGCCUGACCAGACAGGAGCUAGGCUACAGUGGAUUCAAUGAACUUGGCACCAGCAUAUUCACGGUUUACGAGGCUGCUUCGCAGGAGGGCUGGGUUUUCUUCAUGUACCGGGCCAUCGACAGCUUCCCUCGCUGGAGGUCGUACUUCUACUUCAUCACCUUGAUCUUCUUCCUUGCCUGGCUGGUUAAGAAUGUGUUCAUUGCUGUUAUUAUUGAGACUUUUGCGGAGAUAAGAGUCCAGUUUCAGCAGAUGUGGGGCCCGCGAAGCAGCACAACCUCCACCACCACCACACAGAUGUUCCACGAAGAUGCCGCUGGAGGCUGGCAGCUUGUGGCAGUGGAUGUCAACAAGCCUCAGGGCAGAGCUCCUGCCUACCUACAGAAAAUGAUGCAAUCUUCCAUCUUCCACAUGUUCAUCUUGUGCAUGGUUGCCGUUGAUGUCACUGUGGCCGCCAGCAAUUACUACAAGGAGGAGAAUUCCAGGGGCCAGUACGAUGUGUUUUACCUGGCAGAGGUGGCCUUCACCAUUCUGUUCGACCUGGAGGCGCUGGUGAAGAUCUGGUGUUUGGGAUUCACAGGUUACAUCAGCUCUUCUCUGCACAAGUUUGAGCUGUUACUGGUGCUGGGCACCACAUUGCACAUCUAUCCCGACCUCUAUCAUUCACAGUUCACCUACUUUCAGGUCCUGAGGGUGGUCCGUCUGAUUAAGAUUUCCCCAGCGCUGGAGGACUUUGUCUACAAAAUAUUUGGUCCGGGGAAGAAGCUGGGCAGUUUGGUAGUCUUCACUGCCAGCCUGCUGAUUGUCAUGUCAUCCAUCAGCCUUCAGAUGUUCUGUUUUGUGGAGGAGCUCGACCGAUUCACCACAUUCCCAAGGGCCUUCAUGUCCAUGUUCCAGAUCAUCACACAAGAGGGAUGGGUGGAUGUGAUGGACCAGACGCUGAUUGCAGUUGGCCACGUCUGGGCCCCCGUCGUAGCCAUUUAUUUCAUCCUUUACCACCUCUUCGCCACUCUGAUCCUCCUGAGCCUGUUCGUUGCUGUCAUCCUGGACAAUCUCGAGCUGGAUGAAGAUCUGAAAAAACUCAAGCAGAUUAAGCAAAGUGAGGCCAAUGCUGAUACCAAAGAAAAGCUUCCACUUCGACUCCGAAUCUUUGAGAAGUUUCCAAACAGGCCACAGAUGGUGAAGAUAUCCAAAUUGCCCUCGGACUUCUCCGUUCCCAGAAUCAGGGAAAGCUUUAUGAAGCAAUUCAUUGAUCGUCAGCAGCAGGAUACGAGCUGCCUGCUGCGCCGACUACCGUCAGGAUCGUCGUCAUGUGACCAUUCCAAGCGGUCUUAUGUUGAGGAUAACAAGUAUAUCGACCAGAAGUUACGAAGAUCAGUUUCCAGCAUCCAAGCUCGAAAUCUGAUUGAAAAGGAAAAUGCUGUGAAUAAAAUAUUCCGGGUUUGCACUCGCCAACGUCUGUUAGGAGGUUCCUUUGAGGGACAACCAGCAAAAGAAAGGUCAAUUUUAAGCGUGCAGCACCAUAUCCGUCAGGAACGCAGAUCCCUUCGACACGGGUCGAGCACGCAGCGAAUCAGCAGAGGCAAAUCACUGGAAACACUGUCACAAGAUCACUCCAGCACAGUUCGGUACCGGAAUGCCCAGCGAGAAGACAGUGAGAUAAAGAUGAUACAGGAGAAAAAGCAGCAAGCUGAAAUGAAGCGCAAGGUCCAAGAAGAAGAAUUACGUGAAAAUCAUCCUUACUUUGACAAGCCCCUCUUUAUUGUCGGUCGGGAGCACAGGUUUCGAACAUUCUGUCGGGUGGUGGUGAGGGCUCGGUUCAAUGCAUCAAAGACGGAUCCAAUUACAGGAGCAGUUAAGAACACCAAGUAUCAUCAACUGUAUGAUCUGCUUGGACUAGUCACCUACUUGGACUGGGUAAUGAUUGCAGUGACUAUCUGCUCGUGCAUUUCUAUGAUGUUUGAAACACCAUUUACAACAGUCAUGCACACACCAACCUUACAGAUUGCAGAGUUCGUGUUUGUGAUAUUCAUGAGCAUCGAGCUGAACCUCAGAAUUCUGGCUGAUGGUUUAUUCUUCACCCCUACGGCUGUCAUCAGGGAUUUUGGCGGAGUGAUGGAUAUCUUCAUUUAUCUUCAAAGUCUGAUCUUCCUGUGCUGGAUGCCACAUACUGUCCCUGCCCAGUCGGGAGCCCAGCUGCUGAUGAUGCUGAGAUGCCUGCGACCUCUGCGGAUAUUCAAGCUGGUUCCUCAGAUGAGGAAGGUUUUGCGGGAGCUGUUCAGUGGUUUCAAAGAAAUAUUUCUGGUUUCCAUUCUGCUGUUAACACUCAUGUUGGUCUUCGCAAGUUUUGGGGUUCAGCUUUUUGCCGGGAAACUUGCCAAGUGCAAUGAUCCUCACAUCACCAAGCGGGAGCAGUGCCACGGAAUGUUCCGGAUCAAUGUCAGUGUGUCAAAGAAUCUCAAUCUGAAGCUGAAGGAUGGGGAGAAGAAGCCGGGCUUCUGGGUUCCACGUGUCUGGGCCAACCCUCGGAACUUCAACUUUGACAAUGUGGGAAGUGCGUUAUUGGCCUUGUUUGAAGUGCUCUCAUUGAAGGGUUGGGUAGAAGUCCGAGACGUCAUCAUCCACCGAGUGGGCCCAAUUCAUGGCAUCUACAUCCAUGUCUUUGUUUUUCUUGGCUGUAUGAUUGGACUGACCCUCUUCGUUGGUGUUGUCAUUGCUAAUUUCAAUGAAAAUAAGGGCACUGCAUUACUGACGGUCGACCAGAGGCGAUGGGAGGACCUGAAAAGCCGGCUGAAGAUCGCUCAGCCCCUUCACCUGGCUGCUAGACCUGAUAAUGGCGGGCUCCGAGCUAAAAUGUACGACAUAACACAGCAUCCAUUCUUCAAAAGAAGCAUUGCUGUGAUGGUCCUCGCUCAAUCAGUGCUCCUGUCUGUCAAGUGGGAUGUUGAUGACCCGGUCACAGUUCCUCUGGCGACGAUGUCCGUCAUCUUCACCUUUAUCUUCGUCCUUGAGGUGACCAUGAAGAUCACAGCCAUGUCCCCCUCUGGAUUCUGGCAGAGCCGACGCAACCGUUAUGACUUGCUGGUGACGUCGCUGGGUGUGAUCUGGGUGGUGUUACACUUCGCUUUACUUAACGAGUACACCUACAUGAUGGGCGCCUGUGUCAUCGUGUUCCGCUUCUUCUCCAUUUGUGGGAAACACGUAACAUUGAAGAUGUUGUUACUGACGGUAGUUGUCAGUAUGUACAAGAGCUUUUUUAUUAUAGUUGGCAUGUUUCUCCUCCUGAUCUGCUACGCCUUUGCUGGAGUGGUGUUGUUCGGAACUGUCAAGUACGGGGAGAACAUUAACAGACAUGCAAACUUCUCCUCUGCUGGUAAAGCCAUCACUGUCCUGUUCCGCAUUGUCACGGGGGAAGACUGGAAUAAGAUCAUGCACGACUGCAUGGUCCAACCACCGUUCUGCACUCCCAGCGAUGAGAACUACUGGGAGACGGACUGUGGUAACUAUGCUGGUGCCCUGAUGUACUUCUGCUCCUUCUACGUCAUCAUUGCAUACAUCAUGUUAAACCUGCUUGUUGCUAUCAUUGUGGAAAACUUCUCACUCUUUUACUCCACCGAGGAGGAUCAACUCCUGAGCUACAACGAUCUUCGUCAUUUCCAAAUCAUUUGGAACAUGGUUGAUGACAAGAGAGAGGGUGCUAUCCCAACUUCCCGCGUCAAGUUCUUGCUCCGCUUGCUGCGUGGGCGGUUGGAAGUGGACCUGGACAAGGACAAGCUAUUGUUCAAGCACAUGUGCUACGAGAUGGAGAGGCUGCAUAAUGGCGGAGAUGUCACAUUUCACGAUGUCCUCAGCAUGCUUUCCUACAGAUCAGUGGACAUCAGAAAGAGCCUUCAGCUGGAGGAACUACUGGCCAGGGAGCAGCUGGAAUACACCAUUGAGGAAGAAGUGGCCAAGCAAACAAUACGAAUGUGGCUGAAAAAAUGUUUGAAGCGCAUCAGAGCAAAGCAGCAACAGUCGUGCAGCAUCAUCCACAGCCUACGGGAGAGUCAGCAGCAGGAGCUGAGCAGGUUUCUCAUCCCCCCGAGCAUCGAGACUACACAAGCCAGCGAGGAAAUGCUCGCCAGCAACCAGGACAGUGAGGUCCAGCCAGAGACCAGUAGUCAACAGCAGCUGCUGAGUCCCACACACUCAGACCGAGAUGGGUAUCGAACUGACUCUGGAGACAUCGGGAAGCCUCAGAGGAAGUUUGGUCAGUGGCGUCUCCCAUCAGCUCCUAAACCCAUCACCCACUCGGUAUCCACCGUCAACCUGCGGUUCGGGGGGCGGACAGCCAUCAAAUCAGUCAUGUGCAAGAUGAACCCGAUGUCAGACACCACCUUCUCUGGCUCUGACGUGAAGAAGUGGUGGACCCGACAGCUGACCGUAGAGAGUGAUGAGAGUGCAGACGACCUGUUGGAUAUUUAACAGGAAGGAGCAGGGUGAGACCUCCACCUGUUUUCCUGGUGUAUUUCCAUCAUAAAAUGCACAAUGUACUUAAGUAACUGGGGCCAGGUGAUGCACAGGAGCAAGAGGAGGUCACUCUUCCCUUUCCAUGAAAUUACAGAGCUAAAUACUUUCUAAAGAAAUCUUCUACGUACCUCAGUUUUAAAUGCAAUUGUAAUAAUGUUCGUUGUUCAACAUUCUCCCACUAGUGGAAACAUCUCAACAUCUACCCUGUCAAGGUCCCCCAGGAUUUGUUUUAAUGUCACCCCUGAGCGCCAAGGUAAGUUCACCCCUCAUUCUUCUGAGCUCCCUCUGGCCUUUCCUGAUGAGACAGUCCUCUCAUCCCAGCCAUUAACCUGCUGGUUCUUGCAGAUCAAGUGUUUCCAUCUCUGAUUUAACAGACUUCUGGAGGCUUCAGACCAGAUUUUUGGCUCCCAGUUGUUCCACACCCACACUUGUCAUUAGCUGGGCAGCGUGUCCAUUCUCAUAAUGCCCCUGACAAAAUGUUCCUAAGAAUGAAUGAAAACAAUUUAUUUCUAAUGCCCUGAUUACCAGCACAGGUUCCAUUGGAAGAAAUAUCCAGCGAGAUUGACCGUCUGUGCCUGGAGACCCGCAUACAGUGACCUGGGGUGGAUGCAGAUGAUUCUACCAUAACACUGUGCGGAGGUGAAUUGUGUGCUUUGCUGCCCUCUGGUGUUGAAUCCUUUGACGUGCAGUAACGGGUGUACAGGUGACGUGAAUAUGUCAGACCCAAUCUCAGAGAAUUUGCAAUUCUUAUCAAAGCCGAAACCUAUUUCUAGCAGUGUCAGUGGUAAUACGAAGGGGUGUGUGUGUAUACACAUAUACCUCACUGUAUGUGGUCUGUGUGUUUCUCUUUGGACAGGUCUCAGCUUGUGUAUGGUAUGCAUCUGUAUCUUUGUGAGUGCAUGUCUGUUCAGGUGUAUGUCAUGUCAUUAGAGUGAUACAACAUGAAACCAGACCUUUCAGCCCAUUAGUUCCCUACUGACCAUCAAAUACCUCAUUGUACAGCUCCCAUUUUCCAGCGUUCAGCAAGAACACUUCUCCACCGUUCAGGAGUUCGUCUCUUGUAGAUUGUGUAGGAUUGUACAGCAUGGAAACAGACCGUUCAGCCCAGUUCGUCCAGUAGUGGACACCCAUCUGUAUUAAUCUCGUCAUCAUCACUUGGUCAAUAGCCCUACACUGAGUCAACUGCUUGGCUAGACACUGUUAGUGACUCAACUUCCAGCACUCUCUCAGGCAGUGUGUUCCAGCUCCUCACCAGACCCUGAGUGAAGAAAGUCCUCUCUAAAUCUUAUUUCCCGCCCCCCCCCCAUUGCCCUAAACCUACAGUUAAUUAGUUUUACCUAUCUGUGAUAAGGGGGAAAGUUCCCUGGAAUCUACCCUAUCUCAGAAUUUAAUAUUUAGAUGUUGUAAGACUCUCUGCUUCCACUACACCCUUAGAGAGUGGGUUCCCGAUUCCAGCCCCCUCCCUGAGUGAAAAGCUCUUCCUCAAAUCCACACUGAACAUCUUACUCCUUACCUUAAAGCCCUGCUCUCCAGUCAUCAAUGGUCUGUUCCAGAGAAAAAUUCCACUCUCUACCCUAUCCACCCACUUCACAACUUUGCAAACAUCAAGAUUCCGUAUAUCUCAUAUAUGUGUACCUUGUGUGAGUGAGUGUGUGUGCAUGGUGCAUGCACCUCUGUGCAAAUGUAUGCUUGUUUGUUCUUGGGUUCAAAUGCGUAUCUGCAUUGCCUGUGGUGUAAAUAAGACCAUUCAGCCCAUUGAGUCUGCUCUGCCAUUCCAUCAUGGCUGACUUAUUACCCCCCCCCCAACCUCAUUCAGUUGCCUUCUCCCCAUACCGUUUGAUGCCCUUAUUACUCAAGAACCUAUCAACUUCCUCUUCAAAUAUACCCAAUGACUUGGCCUCCACAGCCAUCCGUGACAAUGAAUUCCACAGAUGCACCAUCACCUGGCUAAGGAAAUACUUGUGUGUGUGUGUACAGUAUGCUUGUGUGUGCACGUGCAUGAUACGGUGAACAUAAGGGAGCGUCCACCUCCAAAGAGUUCUGCAGUGGUGGAGCAGGAAGAAUUGGGUAGUGGUCGCUCUGCACUCUCUCACACACAUUGAGAUCUGCCAAAGUCGAUGCCAGUGAAAUUGUGACUGAGAACGGGCAGUUGCUGACACACGCAGUGUCUAAUGUAGAUCACAGACAAAUUUCACCUGGACCCUCCUUUAGGCUGUGUUCUAACAGUACGUGUGAUACGAUAUGCUGGUCACAGCACAGAAAUAGGCCCUUCAGUCCACUGAGUCCACACCAGACACCCACUCACACUAAUCCCAUUUUAAUUCUGCCCACAUUCCCAUCAUCUCCCCCCACCCCAGAUUUAGCCCUCGCCCACGCACUGAGGGCAAUUUACUGCUGCCAAUUAACCUGCACUCCUUUGGGAUGUUUAGGAGGCCAGAGCACUCAGAGGAAACGCACACGGUGACAGGGAGAACAUGCAAACCCCACACUGACAGCGCUGGAGGUCUCUAUUAAAGCCAGCUCUCUGGCACUGUCGGGCAGCUGCUCUGCUAAUUCCACCACUGUGUUCUGCAUUUACUAAGUACCUAUGUCUGAUCUUGUAUGUUUUCUGAAUCUCAGAAGUAGAUGCAAAGUAAUUGCCAACUGUUUCACUGUUAGUCGCUCCCUUUCAUUCCUACGUUAAUGCACUCAGUAGCCGAGGCAUCACCUGUAGGUAAUAUACAUUUUUAUUUUAGAGGUUUAAAUAUCUACUAUAAUUAAGAGUCUGUUACCUUUCGGAAGAUUUAUUUUAUUCUCAAUUUUAUCUAAACAAAAUAUUAUCAAUAAAGAUUAAUUGUUUUUAUUAUA